UGAUAAAACAAUGAAUAUUGUAUCUAUAAAUUCUUUUGAGAUUUUAAUUCUUUAUAUAUUGAUAAGCAAUGCAUGUCAAAAGUGAGUAUUCAAACAGAAUUUAUGUUCUGCAUUCAAAACAUUUUGGCUUCUUUGAAUUCAUUUAUUUAUUUAUUUAUUUAUUUUAAAUAUUUUUAUUUCAAUAGUGGCAACGAAAAAGGAACUUGCACAUGUUCCGGGUAUUUUUACGACGGGGAUUCGAAGGAAUGUAAAGAGUGUCCGGCUGGAUACAUGGGUCUAAAUUGUUCGAUAACAUGUCGUUACCCUGGGUUUGGGAAACAGUGUCAGGAAGGAUGCAAAUGUAAUGCAGAAUAUUGCGACUUCCGGAGUGGUUGUUUUAAUAUGUCUAUUGAGAAUGCAACCAAUUUAAAGGUGAAGAAAUUGUCAUCUUACUCUGGAAUAAGUGUCAUGGGAUCAAUAUCCAUAAUAACGAUAAUAAUAAUAGCGAAAACAUUUGUGUUCUUUCUAUUUUUGAUUUUAACAAGAAUUCUAAUUCUCCAUCUAAAGAACAAAAAUAAUCCAAGUCAAACAAAUGUUGCAGCUUCUGUCCUUGUGGAAAAUGAUUGGCACAAUAUGGAUGUCAAAUGUCCUUCAGGUUUACCUGCAAAAAUUCUAACAAAGGCAGAUGGACAACCUUUCAUUGAGGACUUGCAUACAACUGACAAGCAAAUUGGAAAUUGCGGAGAGAGAAAUUCGGAGAAAAAGACAACCGAUGUUCUGGGAAACGAUUUUGAUAAUACAGACACAAGGGAUGGAGAUAAUGUGUAUAUGUUUACAUUUGCAUCUUUUGGAAGUGAGAUGAUUGGGAAUUCAGUUCAUGCAUAUUCUACACUUCAGAACAGCUAUAUUUGCCAUUUUAUUUCUUGAACAACUUUUAUCUACAUGUAGCUUACUAUUCUUACAAAAGAAAAAGAAUUGUAUGUUCAAAACAUCUCACUGAUAGAUAAAUAGACGAGAUUUUUUCACUGCAAAAUAUGUCAUAUUUUGAUUGGUAAUGUAUGGUUGUAAAUUUAUA